GUUUUAUUUUCGCUUUCGUUUGCUGUUGUUUAUUGUUGUGAACCUUACUGGCGCACUUUUUUAAAUUAUUAUUUUUAACAUUAAAAAAUUUAUUAAUGGUUUUAAGAAAGAUUUUGAUUGGAAGCUUUUGAUUGGAAGAUUUUGAUUGGAAGAUUUUGAUUGGAAGAUUUUGAUUGGAAGAUUUUGAUUAGAAGCUACAGUUUCUAGAAAUAAAAAGUAUAAAUUCACAAUGGGGAAUGUAGUAAGGUCUUGGAAAUGUACCGUAGAAAACAAAUCCAAUAAAACACUAUACGCUGACGGAUCUACUCCAGUAUCAGGAAGUAUGGCAACAGUUUUAACAGAUAUAGCCCCUGGUGGCACAGGCGUUUUUUUGUGGGAACAAUCGAAAGGCGCUGCUAGAGGCGCAGUUGGUGUGGUUUAUUAUCGUUAUGAAGACAAGAUCCUUAGCUUAAUGGCAUCUAUUCCGUACGAUUGGCAUUUGUAUAACGCUUGGGCUAAUGCACGAGUUUCAAACAAAAAGGAAAGUUUUUCUAAUUUGUAUAACGGAUAUGAUGGUGCGCAACAACCUACAAUAGCGGGAAACUGGGGCGAAGUUGAUGGUACAAAGUUUUUUCUUACUGAUAAAAGUCACGCUGAGUUUAAUGUUAUUUUUUCAGGAUAAUCUAAACUUUGUUAUGUAAAAAAAAAAGUUAUUCAUGUAAA